GCCGGAAGUGUGGGUCCUGCGAGCAUGGCGGCGUCGAAGGUGAAGCAGGACAUGCCCCCGCCGGGGGGCUACGGCCCCAUCGACUACAAGCGAAACCUGCCGCGUCGAGGACUGUCAGGCUACAGCAUGCUAGCCCUGGGCGUUGGGACCCUGCUCUUCGGGUACUGGAGCAUGAUGAAGUGGAACCGUGAGCGCAGGCGCCUACAGAUUGAGGACCUGGAGGCCCGCAUCGCGCUGAUGCCGCUGUUGCAGGCAGAGAGGGACCGAAGAAUCCUGCAGAUGCUCCGGGAGAAUCUGGAGGAGGAGGCCAUCAUCAUGAAGGAUGUGCCCGACUGGAAGGUGGGUGAGUCUGUGUUCCACACAACGCGCUGGGUGCCCCCCGUGAUAGGCGAGCUGUAUGGGCUGCGCACCACCGAGGAGGUCCUCAACGCCAACUAUGGCUUCGUGUGGUACACGUAGGCCCCUCACCUGCCGCCUGCACCCCACCCUCCCCCUGCGAGAGAAUAAACGCUCUGGAGACCUGG